GCCUGCUGUGUAGAAGGCAGAACUGCGCAGCAGGGGAGUGGAUGAAGGAAGGUGGAUGAAAUACAGAAUACAAUACAAUAGAAAUAAAAACGUUGAUAAAGACACAUUUCGUUAAUGUAUUCUUAAAAUAGCUAUUAUUUGUCCGUGGUGUAAUGGAACAGAAGCAAAAUAUGAAGAGGCACAGUUCUUUCCCAGCCUUUUAUUUAAUGCCUUUUUCCGCCGGGAUUUGCUGGGCACUGCUUAGCUCUCUGCUGCUCCAUUGGGUGAUUGUGGAAGCGAAGGACCUGCCUCAGUGCAAAGAGACAGAUUAUUAUUUUGAGUACACAGAGUGUGACAUCACAGGAUCUCGGUGGAGGGUUGCUAUACCCAUAAAUGAGGGGUCUUGUUCAGGAUUACCUGAUCCAGUCAAAGGCACAAAAUGCACAUUCUCUUGUGCAGUGGGUGAAUUCUUGGAAAUGUCCACCCAGCAGUGUACACCAUGUGCUGCUGGCACCUAUUCUCUGGGCAGUGGCAUCUUGUUUGAUGAGUGGGAUGACCUGCCACCUGGAUUCACCAAUCUGGCAACCUAUAUGGACAAUGGACCUGGGUCUGAAGAGACAGUCUCUUGUGACAACUCUACCUGGGUCCCCAAAGGAAAUUAUUUGGAGUCUAACCGAGAUGAUUGUACCGUGUCUUUAAUCUAUGCGGUACACCUGAAGAAACAAGGCUCCGUCUCAUUUUCAUAUCAGUAUGUGGACAGCAAUGUCCUAUUUGAGUUCUUUAUUCAAAAUGAUCAAUGUCAAGAACUGGACACAUCUGAUCAAAAAUGGAUAAAGCUUACAGACCACGGGGAAUGGGAAACACACACUGUAAACUUGAAGACCGGCACAAAUAUCCUUUACUGGCGGACUACAGGAAUCCUUCUUGGGUCUAAAAUAGUGAAGCCAGUCCUAUUGAAGAAUAUACACAUUGAAGGAGUUGCUUACACAUCGGAGUGUUUUCCAUGCAAACCCGGCACCUUCAGUAAAAUGCCUGGCUCGAAGUCUUGUGAGGUUUGUCCUCGGAACACCUUCUCUGGGAAAGGGGCGAGCUCAUGUACACAGUGUAUUGAUAAUCUAGUGUAUGCAGAAGAGGGAUCAGCAGGUUGCACAGAAAGACCAGUUUGUACAGUCAAAGAUUAUUUCCAGAUUCAUACACCUUGUGAUAAGGAUGGAAAGACCCAGAUCAUGUACAAGUGGAUAGAACCCAAGAUCUGCAGAGAGGAUGUACAGAAUGCAGUGAAGCUCCCUCCCUCUGGGGAGAAGAAAGCUUGCCCGCCGUGUAACCCUGGAUUCUUUAACAAUGACAUGGCCACCUGCACUCCCUGCCCACCUGGUACAUACUCGGAUGGAAUGACAGAAUGCAAGACCUGCCCUGCUGGAACAGAACCAGCUAUAGGUUACGAGUUCAAGUGGUGGAAUGUUUUGCCUGCUAACAUGAAGACUUCCUGUUUCAACGUUGGCAACACGAAGUGUGAUGGAAUGAGUGGCUGGGGAGUAGCAGGGGAUCACAUCCAUAGUGGAUCAGGUGGCUCUGACAACGACUACCUCAUUCUAAACCUUCAAGUCCCUGGUUUUAAACCUCCAACUUCACUGACAGCGGCUUCUGGCAAUGAAGUAGGUCGGGUUACCUUUGUUUUUGAGACCAUCUGUUCUGCAGACUGUGAACUCUAUUUCAUGAUGGAUGUGAACAGAAAGAGCACCAGUGUGGUGGAAUCAUGGGAAGGGACCAAAGAAAAACAGUCGUACACUCACAUUGUGACAAAAAAUUCUUCUGUGUCUUUCACCUGGGCGUUCCAGAGGACAAACCAGGCACAAGAGACGAGAAGGUUUGUUAAUGACAUUGUGAAGAUAUACUCCAUAACUGUAUCGAAUGUCCUGGAUGGAGUUGCCUCUUCCUGCACUGCCUGUGCCCUGGGACCCCAGCAGUCUGGAUCAUCCUGUGUGCCCUGCCCACCUGGCAACUACAUUGAUAAGGACAGCAACCAGUGUAAAGAGUGCCCAGCCAACACUUACCUCUCUGUACAUCAGCUUUCUGGCAAGGAGGCCUGUAUCCCCUGUGGGCCUGGAAGCAGAAGCAAUAAGGACCACUCAUUUUGCUUCAGUGACUGCAUCUUCAACCAUGCCAGUGAAAAUCAGACCUUGUCGUAUGAUUUUAGUCAGCUAAGCCCUGUGGGAUCAAUAAUGAAUGGACCAAGCUUCACAUCCAGAGGAACUAAAUAUUACCAUUUCUUCAACAUAAGCUUGUGUGGGGAUGAGGGAAAAAAGAAAGCUGUUUGUACAGACAAUGUAACCGAUAUGGCAGUAAAGGAUCUGCAGAACGAAUCAAAUGAGGAUACUAACUUUGUGGAAACCUUCAUCUGCCAAUCAACGAUCAUACCAUCAGAUGGGAGGGGAUUCAGGACUGCCUUAUCCUCUCAAUCCAUCAGCCUUGCUGAUAUAUUCAUAGGGGCCACCAUUGACACCGCCCUUGAUGGCAUCACUGCCAAACCUGAUCUGUUCCCUGACACAUCCAAAAAAUUACCAGAUGUCCAUUUCUUUUAUAGGUCUCCUCAAGCCACCUCCUCCUGUGACCCAGGCCGCACUUCUGUCAUAUCAUUGCGCUGUAACCCAGAGAAGAGUUACCCAGGAGAACUUACAGUACCAAGCAAAUGCCCAGCAGGAACCUGUGAUGGCUGUGCUUUCAACUUUAUGUGGGAAAGUGCAGAAGCCUGCCCCCUGUGUACAGAAAAGGACUACCAUGAAAUAGAGGGAGCAUGCAAAAACGGAAUCCAGGACACGUUGUAUGUGUGGAAUGAGCCAAAACUUUGCACUAAAGGUGUCAGCCUCCCUGAAAGAAAGAGCUCUGUUUGCGAGGCUGUCGAUUUCUGGUUAAAAGUGGGUGCAGGGAUUGGGGCAUUCACUGCGGUGCUACUGAUUUCCCUAACCUGUUACUUCUGGAAGAAGAACAAGAAGUUGGAAUACAAGUAUUCAAGACUCGUGAUGACUGCAAAUAAAGAAUGCGAGCUCCCUGCUGCAGACAGCUGUGCUAUAAUGGAAGGGGAGGAUAAUGAAGAAGAUGUGGUUUAUUCCACUAAGCCAUCCUUACUAGGAAAGCUGAAGUCAAUAGCCACAAAGGGAAAUGGAGACAUUUUUGAAUCUCUUCAGCUGAAGUCCUCUAGAUCCCACAAUAUAUGAAGACUUUU